AAGAUGAAUAUGACCUUUGGGGUCCCUUCCAACUGUACAAUUCUAUGAUUCAAUGACAUAUACAUAUAUAAUGAAACAGGAUUAGUGGACAAUGCUGAUCUGGCACUGGUAAAAGAGGAUGCUUCCUGUGGUUUCAUGGAAAAGAGGGCUUCGGAAGCUACACACAAUUCCUCACAAUGCCAUUCUAGAAUAUCUUGGAGGCAUUCUGCAAGCCAUGUUCUUGAUGGUGAGACGUCCUAUGCUGAGCACCUUCAAUGCAACUUUCAUGAUGUUUCUUGUGAUGUGGCUUUUUGGCAGGCUCAAUUUUUCAUCACACAUCCUUCCAAAACUACCCCCAGAAUGGACAGUGAGGUUUGGCCAACCUCAACAUUACUAAAAUAAGUUUUAUGGGGCAUGCUAGACUUCCCCCUUGGUGUGUUGAAUGUAGUUGGUGAUCCUGCCUGCCCCUUGCAAUGGCCAUCAGUGGGUAUUUGGCAGGGGGAGGGCUUGCAGACAAGGCACUGUGACUAGACUCCUCUGAACAGCGGAGUCUGUGUCUGUGAGAUCAGCACAGUGACUAGGAAAAUGAGAAACCUCAAAUUGACAAGUUCGUCCAUCGCUGCCUAGGAGUAAACCUCAUUGAACUCAGUGUGACAAAGGACUACUCCACUGCUGGCAAUUGUUCAUCAAUCAUGAGCCUUAAAUCUGGAUGACUUGCGGAACUACAAGCUCAGAGAGGCAUAAAUAUUCUGGCAUUUGCGAGAUCCUCAUCAUAUAGCGAAGCUGAAGUUUGCAAUGGCCAAACCCAGGGUACCCCCAAGGAAAAGUUGUAUGGUGGUGUUCGGUGCAUUGCAGCUGCUGCUGCUUUCCAAGGAAGCUGCCCUGCUCUGCCCUCCCCGGUGUCAGUCCUGCUCUGUAUCUGCAGCAAAAUGUGAGCAAGUCUCAGCACUCUCAGAAGUCUUAGUAGGUUUGUCAAGUUACACAGAGAAGAUACACCUACGUCAUGGGAACCUUAGUGAGAUUCCUCCACUGUCCUUCACAAAAUUCUCCAACCUCCAGUUCCUGUCAAUCACUGGAUUCCUAGUUUCAUCCCUGACCAACCUCACCUUUUCCACAAUUCAUGCCAACCGUCUGAGGGUAUUGAAUCUCAGCAACAACCACCUCCUUAGUUGCAUGGUUCAACCAAUGGCUUUCUCAGGUCUUCUGCUCCUGGAUGAAUUGAUUCUCACCAACAAUAGUUUGGACAUAUUGAGAAGGUCAUGGUUCUCAGAGAUGCCAAUACUCAGCAAACUCUUCCUUGGGGCCAACAGAAUUGCAUACCUUCCUCCAAGAACGUUUGAAAGCCUGGCCAAGCUGGAUGAACUGGUUGUGUCUUCUAAUUUGAUCCAGUAUCUUCCAAUGGACACUUUCUAUGGAUUGCCUCUGUUGACCAAACUGGACUUAUCAAGCAACAAAAUCAUGUUCAUCAACCACGAGGUUUUUCAGCCUUUGCAAACACUCAAACAUCUUCUACUGUUCCAAAACAGGUUGAGUGUCUUGCCCAUCCUUCCAGGUUCUGUAAACUUCUUAUUUCUUCACAAAAACCCAUGGGAGUGCAAUUGCCAACUGGCAAGAUCUAUGGAGCCACUGGUGGCCAAAAUCCAGUAUCUCGAUGACAUUGUUUGUGAUAGACCCCCCAACUUUGCAGGACACCAAGUGAUGAGCAUCAGGCCUGGAGAUUGUGUCUCUCUGUCUCCCUCUCCAUCCCCAACCACACACCUCCUGCCAUCAGCUCUAUUGAACCUCAGCUUUUUUUAUGGCUUUCUAGGAGGACUCCUCGUUGGUUUAAUUCCAGGCCUGGUCAUCUGUUGCUGCAUUCCCAACUAUUGUAACUGCACCCCCUUUGCAAAGAAGACUAAAGACAAACCACCGUCCCAAAAGAAAUCGACCAAAAUGUCCUCAAGCAAACAGAGGACCUCAAACGUGGACCCACCAAAACCUUCCAGUUUUCCCAUCAUGGAGAAUGCUGCAAGCCAUUCUGAAGGGGUCAACAUUGCUAGAGGGCCAUUCUGUGGCUGCUUCUGUGGAACCUGUAGAGCACAAGAUUUGGGACAGGCCAAAUCUUUCCUCAAGAGGCCGGUGGUUGCCUUUUUAUCUACAGAUCCUGUGGGUAAAACUGUUGUGACUCUCCAUGAGAAAGGAGACAGCCUAUCUUGCUGCCUGGCACACAGGGGGUGUAUCAACAGGGUGAAUGACACCUCUAGAUCUACCAGAGCCCAUGGCAGACAGGAGCAAUCAUUUGCAAAGAGGGGUGCAGGAUCCUGCUGCCCGUGCAUCCAGCAUGCAACUUUACAUCAGAUGGAGUGGAAGAAACAUGAGUUGAGGGAAGGAGUCCAUCACCAGUUGGAUGGACAGAUAUCACACCCAGAGACUCAGCUUGGUGGUGUUCAGGACCCCGAAGCAUUGGUCCAUAUAGAUUUUCCAGAUGGAAGUGCCCUCAAGAUGGAGAGAGACUCUUCCAUGUUUUACAAGACCCCUUCUGAGAGAAAAGAGUUGGCUCAGAGUGGAUUGAACUCUACUACCCAUAGUUGGCUGGCAACAAAGAAGAACAACAACAUGUCAAUGUCUGGAAGUCCUAGUCAUCACUACCAGGGUGGUAGUGGCACAUCUCGUAGAUGCAGAAAAGCCUCUGAAAAGAAACUGUAUGGAGAACGCUUCACAGAGGGAAGCCAUUCUAAGCACCCAACCAGAAAUGGACAGUCAUCUUGGAAGACUGAUAUUUAUUCCAAAGGCUAUUCAUCCUUGCCAAGCAAGGGCAGAAGCAAAGAGCAGAGGAAGCGACCAGGUGAUCUGCACACCCCUCCAUACUGUGGCAUGACUUCCACUUCUUGCCUUUCCAAUGUGCCCAGCCAGUCAGAGGAUUACAGCCCCAGGUCUCCAAAGGAUGCGUGUACUGAAAUGCUGUCCAUCGCACAAUAUCCUGAGGAAGGAGGGAGCAACUCCCAAUGCAUGGAUACUACAGCACAGGCCAGAACAAGAGUUCUUGAACAUAGAAAAGCUGGGAUCCAGCAACAAGGCCCAGACAUUUCCUUGUCAAGGAAUGUACCCACCACCACAAGAAUGUGGAAACAUAGAAGCGAUAGAGAGGAACCCAACCAGUACUGGAUAGCUCAGAGGAGGCACACUCAACACAGCACCACCCCUAGGACCUCUAGAAGGCUGGAUAAAGCUACCCAAUGGUCUUCCACUGACAAAGUCCACCUGAAAGAACAUGAAGCAGCCCUUGGUCUGCACCACAAUGCUGAGAGGUCAAAGUUGGAAGACGUCUGGCAACCAAUCUCUUUAUCAGCCCUUCACCCUUCCUGUGGAAUUCCUCAUCAUUGGCAGAGGGAAGGUGAUUUAGAGACUCCUCCUCUGGCCAACACAACAGCACUUGCCACUGUCUUCCCACCGACUAAGAACACCAUGCAAUUGAUUCUAAAAGGUCAGGAUAGGAGCCUGGGGGUUGUGGGGACAUUAGAAGCUAAGAUGGUGGUUGACCACAGAGUGGACAUGUACCCUCCAAGGGGUGUGAGCCUCAGAACCUUGAGUGAAGAAAUCCUGGAUGCAGAAGUGCCUUUAGAGUCUUUUGCCAUUGGCACUGCCAAUCCAUGUUUUGCAGAAGGUAAAGAGGACGGUGUUGGCUCAUCUUCCAAAGCAACGGAUCUGAAUUCCUGCUAUGACACUCCUAUCGGCCUCCUCUUCAUGACAGAUGAGAAUCUGUGGCUGCUGGAGCUUCCUACGUCUGAUAAGAGCUGCAGCAACAUGAUUUAUUCAAGCGUUCAAGGGUGUGGAUAUGAAGAGGCCGCAACUGUAACAUCAAGCUGCCCUUUGGUUCAGAAAAUGUGCCAGAUCAAUUUCCCCCUUCUGGCUGAAGAGGAAAGCACAAGCUUGCCAGGUGAGCCUACGGAGGCUGACUCAGCUGAUAUGAGGGAAGACUAUGUGGUUGCCUAUGAAAGCUCUUCAGGAAAUGUUGAGGAGCAAGAAGGCUGCUUAAAGACUGAACUUGAUGCCAAGUCUAAAAAGUAGCCCAGAGCGUUCCCCCACCCACACACUUGCUACCAAAGUAAAACUUUGUCAAAGGUGAUGAGGCUGCAAUCUCUUCCCUCAAUGGAAGUUGGUUCCAUUUUUCAAAAAGGAAUGGAUGAAUGUGUCAAUUUCACUGUGCUCAGUUUCUCAUUCCCCCAACACUUGGUAUUUUAAGUUCACAUUUAUGACACUGCAAUUUAGAUUUCAAAACACCCCUCAAAAACUUGAACUUUUUUUUAUUUUAUUGCCAUCAUAUUUUUUUUUGUCCAAAUAAAAUAAUAAAUAAAAACCCAA